CACGUGGGGGCGGCGAUGGCGGCGGCUCCGGGCGGGGAGAGCGAGAGCGAGAGCGGCCGGGGGGGCGGCGGGGCCACGUCGGAUCAAAUCCUGCAGACGGGAGCGGUGCUGCUGCAGGGGUUCAUCCGGGACCGGGUCCAGCGCUGCGGGGACUCCCAGGCUGUGGAGCUGAGCCGGGCAGAGCUGGGGGGGCCGGAGCCCCCCCCCUGCGACGAGAACACCAAGCGGCUCAGCGAGUGCCUGCGGCGCAUCGGGGACGAGCUCGACAGCAACACCGAGCUGCAGAGUAUGAUUGACCGGGUGGGGACCCACGCCCCCAAGGACGUCUUCUUCCGGGUGGCCGCUGAGAUGUUCUCCGACGGGACCUUCAACUGGGGCCGGGUCGUGGCGCUCUUCUACUUCGCCUGCAAGCUGGUGCUCAAGGCUCUGUGCACCAAGGUCCCGGAGCUGGUGCGGACCAUCGUGGGCUGGACGUUGGAGUACCUCCGGGAGCAUGUGCUGGCCUGGAUCCAGGCCCAGGGAGGAUGGGACGGCCUCCUCUCCUAUUUCGGCACGCCCACCUGGCAGACCAUCACCAUCUUCGCUGCCGGCGUUCUCACCGCCUCCCUCACCAUCUGGAAGAUGUCGUAGGGCGGGGAGGGGUGCGCUCCGCAGCACCCCACGUCCGGCCGGACUGCGCUGGGCUCCCGGGGGGCCGGCUCCCCUCGUCCAGCCUUGUUCCCUCCCCAAUUCCUGGUGCCUUGGAUACAACUCGGAACAAACCUCUCGGGACCCUGCGCUGUGACGGCCUGGCCUGGCCCGGCCCGCGCCUCCCGGAUCGGGACAGAGUCGUCGGGGGACACGGACGCUCCGUGUGGCAGGAUGCCCUCCUGCAUCUGGGGCAGAGACUUGAGAGGCCUUGAGCCCCACCUGGGGCUGGUCAGCGUUUAAGUCCCUGACAGGCUGGCUGCCCGCGGGGGAAUCCUGGGCUAAGAUCUUGGGGGCUGGAGCCAGUUCCGGGAGCUGAACUCGGGCCGAGAUCUCCCAGGGGCUGGAGCCGGUUCUGGCGCCGGGGGCUAGAGCUGGUUCCUGGGGCUGAACUGGGGCCAAGAUCUCAGGGGCUGGAGCCGGUUCCAGCAUCAGGGGCUGAACUGGGGCCAAGAUCACAGGGGCUGGAGCCGGUUCCAGCAUCAGGGGCUGAACUGGGGCCAAGAUCUCAGGGGCUGGAGCCGGUUCCAGCAUCAGGGGCUGAACUGGGGCCGAGAUCUCAGGGGCUGGAGCCGGUUCCGGUUCCAGCAUCAGGGGCUGAACUGGGGCCGAGAUCUCAGGGGCUGGAGCUGGGGGCUGGGCUGGGGCCGAGAUCUCAGGGGCUGGAGCCGGUUCUGGGGCCGGGAGCUGGGCUGGGGCCGAGAUCUCAGUGGCUGGAGCCGGUUCCGGUGCCGGGGGCUGAGCUGAGUCGGGCAGGCUCAGGCCUGGCUGCCUGUGACCUGAGGGACUCGGUUUCCUUCCCUGAAACACCUGUUGGGGGGCCCCCCUGCUUCCAAGUUCCCCCCCUGCUGUCAGUGCCCCGGGUGGGCAGGUGCCGCCCCCUGCUGAUUUCAUUUGCUCAUAACCCCCCGCCUCCCAGCACCUCUGUGGGGAUUUCCCAUCCCAGCCCCCCCAGCCUGGCAGGGCCCCCCUACGAGGGCACCUCUGUCCAGGGUACCCCAGCGCCAGGUGCCUCUGUCCUCCCGCCCCCAGUGCUGUGCACAGCACCUUCCCCAGGCGUAAAAGCCGGUUGCCCCCUCACUCUAGUGCGGCCUUAGGGCCCCCCUCAAAACCCUGCUGGGGGGCUGGUUUUGGGGAUGCCCCCGUAGCAGGAGAAUCCUUGUACAGAGCACUCACAACAGUACUGUAGUGGGGGAAGGGACUGGCCCCAUCUUCCACCACCCCCCACCGCUAUUUCUUCUCUCACCCCCCCCCCCCCACACACUUUGUACUGUAACUUAAUCCUGUUUGUAAAGCGAUGUGUGUUCUCAGGUAUGGGGGGGCCUGUAUGGGGGCUGACCCCUUCCCUAGCAGCCGUGCCCCCUCUUCAGCCCACUGGUAAACUCUUGGGGGGGGGGGGACAGCAGGCGACUCCCCGAUUUGCCCUGAAUGUCCCUCUGCAGCCACCAGCUUGGGGGGGUGGGGGGUUGCCAGGAACUUUGCAGGGGUGGGGGGGAUGCUGCUCCCAGCUGUGAUGUGGGGGUGGGGGGGGCACAAGAACGGUUCCUGGGUUAGGCCCCCCCCCGAAAGGCUGGUUUGGGGUGUGGUGGAUGAGGGGAGUAGCUGGCAGGAUCCCGCUCCCAAUGCUGCUGGGGGCUCUUAGCACGUCUGGAGCUGCCCCCCCCCCCCGGCGCCCACACACCAGGCUGGGAUCUCUCGGCCCUUUGAACCUGGGGGGCUGAGCCCGGAGCAUUCGGGGGGGUUGGGGCAGACGCAUGCGCUGAUGAAUGGGUUGGGGGGGCAGUACUUGAAAUGAUUGAGGGGGUGGAGUCAGGGAGUAUGUGAUGUCAUGGAUGGGCGGUGCUAAUAGGGCAGGAAUGGUGAUGUAAUGAAUUUGGGGGUUGGGUGUGAUGUCAUGGGUGGGGCGGGGCUAUUAGGAAGGGGCUGAUGAUGUAAUGGAUUUGGGGGUGUGAUGUCACGGGUGGUGAUGUAAUGAAUUUGAGGGUUGGGUGUGAUGUCAUGGGUGGGGCGGGGCUAUUAGGAAGGGACUGAUGAUGUAAUUAAUUUAGGGGAAACAUAAUUUUAACCUCUUCUCAUUCCGAUCCCUGUUCUGUGUCCCUCCCCCCCAGCGUACCUCAUCCCCUCCCCCGCUGGGGGGCCCCCAUGCUGCCCCCUCCCCACGCACUGACUUUCUGCCUAGUAUCCUGUGUCCACGUACUGUCUCUGGGGUGUCCCCCCCCCGGCUAGUGGCUGCACCCCCUGGAUCAGAACUGGGGGGGGUGUCAGCCAGAGGGAGGGGUCCGUAGUGGGCAGAGAUCCCCCCUCCCACCCGUAUGGGGGCCUCGGCUGGCAGUGCCUCUGGACUCUGUUUUUUUUAUAUCUCUUUUGUAUUUCUACUCAGUGAUCAUCACCCCCCGCACCCAUUUGUCUGUCCCCCCCUGUUGAUCUGUCUGUCCCCCCCAUCUGUGUGACUCCCCCCCCAUCCCUAUCUGACCCCCAACCGGGGUCUCUGUAUUUAAGAUUCUUCCUUUGUAAUUUUUUCUAACGUGGCUGUUUUGAUACCGGGGGGGGGGGGGG